AUGCGCUGUCCCAAACCGUCGUCGAUCGUCAUGUCUUUUCUCGCCUGGGCGCAUCGCUCGGUGAAUCCGCGUCGCCUCAUCGCCUCGCUCGUCCCCGCGUCGUCCGCCGUGGAUCGCGCGCCUCCGUCGUGCGAAGCCCUUAUACCGAGAAAGCUGUGUCCGCCGGAAGCAAGUCCGCGCGCCCUUGCCGCCGCGCAACGCGGCGUGGGCAGCGGCGCGCGUGAAUCGGGUGAUCCGGCGGAGCCCUGCCAGCGCUGGCCCUCCCGCGAGCCGGGCUCCGCACGCGAUGCUGCGCGCGCCGAGACGCACGCGGCGAGUGAAACGAGCGGCGGAGGCGACGCUACUAAAGGCGCGGGGUGGCGGGGCAUGGCUGCGGACGGGGCGGCGGAGCGCAUGGGCCGUGGCGGGGAGGUGGGGGGCGGCGCUUGGGCGCGGGUGGCACGCAGUGGACAGGCGGCGGUCAGCAGCAUGGUGCACGCGGGAGGAGGGUGGGGAGGUGCACGACCGCCACGUCGCUUUCUGUGCUCCGCGCCUUCCCUCGCCGCCGCUGCUGCUGUGGCUGGCAGUAGCGGCGGCAGCAGUGGCAGUAUGGAGAUCUUCAACCGCCGGCUGAAGGCGAUGCAGGUGAUGAUGAGUGCAUGGGGUGAAUGGGGUGCAACGAGCCAUCCGUCGCUCCCAUGCCGCCCAGCUGCACGUGUGGUCACCCACGAAUGUGCUGCUGCGCUCACUCCCACCGCCCGUCUGCUGCGCUCACUCCCACCGCCCGUCUGCUGCGCUCACUCCCACCGCCCGUCUGCUGCGCCUCUGCCCGUCAUUGCCCACCUCGUGUUGCAGCGUGACAGAGCAGCGGCUGACAUGACAUCGCCUGAUAACGAGGUGCCACGUGGCGAUCCCUUAGUGGAGCAAGUGGCGUCCGUCCUCCUGGACCGCCUGGCAGUGAGGAUCUCUCCCUUCCCUCCCUACCACUCUCUGUCACACGUACUGGAUGUGCUUUGCUGCAUGUGUCAUGCGGCAUGUAUUACCUUACCACUCAUGUGCCAUGAUGCCAGGACAGCAGCCCAUGAUAGACCCGCCAUGGCCAGCAUGCCUCACAGCUGCAGCUGCAGCAUCGGCAUCAGCGCUGCUCGUGCCGCAGUCCCCACACCACACGCACUGCUUCCUCCUCUUCCAUGUCCUCUCCUCCUGCCCUCUCUCGCGACUCACCAGCCUCGCGCCCACCUCCCCCACUCCCCCCCUCGCGCUCUCUGCUCCGCAUCUGCACUUCCUCCUCGCAGUCUUCUGCUGCUCACAACCACCACAGCAGCUGCUCAUCCCCCUCUUUCUCAGGCCCCCAUGUCCCGCCCAUCCUCCCCACCAAUCCGCGACCCCUCGCCUCCGCAGGACUGUCGCCGCACCUUCUCCUGCGUGCUGCUGCUGGGCGGGGCUGCGCUGCCCUCUGUGCUCACCACGCUGCUGCGCACCCACCGUACAUGCACCGACCAUGGGUCACUUGCUCUUUCUCAGCAUCCCAUUUCUCCGUGGCACAUCCUCGUCCGCCCAUUCACGCAUCCCCUCUCUGCCUCGCCAUCCCCCCUCCGCACAGCAGCUGUGCAGCGAGUGGUGGUGGUGGACGUGUCUCCCACGGCCCUCGCACUGGCGCGCGCCCACCUGCCUGCCCACGCCGUCUGCUGCAAUCACGCCCCCACUGCCACCGAUCACACCUGGACUCCGCACCACACUGAACACCCAGCAGCAGCGUCAACAGUACGCGCAGCAGCAUCAGCAUCAGAGGCGGCAGCAGCAGCGAGGGUGCAGGUGGCGUUUGUGCUGGCAGACGAGGAGCACCUGCCCUUCCACUCCAGGUCACCCCCUGCCACGCCUCCUCCGUCAAUAAAAAGUCUCUACUGCAGCAGCAGCCGGCACCCAAAGCAGCUCUGCCAUCCACUCUUCUCUUUUCUCUCAUCUGUCGUGCGUCUCAAACCCCCACCCCUCCUCGUGCCAUGCAGCUCGUUUGACGCGGUGAUAUCAUGUGUGGGGCUGCACUGGGUCAACGACCUGCCCGCCGCCAUGGCGCACAUCAGGAGGGCGUUGAAGCCCGAUGGGCUCUUCCUCGCGGCCAUGCUGGGCGGCGACACCCUCCGGGAGCUGCGCAUAGCAUGCACGUUGGCUCACAUGGAGAGGCAGGGCGGUGUGGCGGCUCGAGUCGCCCCCAUGGCUCAGGUGCGAGAUGCGGGCAAUCUGCUAACCAAAGCCGGUUUCGCGCUGCCCACGGUCGAUGUCGACGAAUUCCCCGUCGCCUACCCUUCAGCUGUGCAGGUGGUGCAGCACCUGCGAUUGCUGGGCGAGACAGACUGCACUCUGCACCACUCCCAGCCGUUGCCCCGUGACACGGCGCUGGCAGCAGCAGCCAUCUACGCGCACAUGUUCCCCGCCUGCCCUCCCUCCGCACACGCUCAUUCACCACCAGACCUUGCUCCUGGUGUAGAGGCGAGGGGGGACGAACAACAAGGGAGGGAUGAAGAUGGGGUUGUUGCAACAUUUCAGGUCAUCUUCAUGGCGGGCUGGGCGCCGCACGAGUCGCAGCAGAGGGCUCGCCCUCGUGGAUCCGCGGCCGUGUCUCUGCACGCCCUGCACCACUCCCUGCCGGCCUACCCGUGA